UCACAUCUCCCUUAUCGCUUUGAUUCUGCCAGUUUCUGCCACGCCUCCUCUCCGACCUUUGUUCCACACUCCUGCCUAUGUUCCUGUGGACCUGGAACCUGUGGCUCACUUUCACUCACUGCCUCUGCCCUUGCUGACGCUUGGCCAUGUGCACGGGCAAGUGUGCACGCUGUGUGGGGCUCUCCCUCAUCUCCCUCUCCCUGAUCUGCAUCGUGGCCAAUGCCCUCUCUGUGCCGGAUGGGAAGACUACCUGGACAGACCAUCUCAGUUUGCAAGUCUGGCUCAUGGCUGGCUUCAUCGGCGGGGGCCUGAUGGUGCUGUGUCCAGGAAUUGCCGCUGUUCGUGCUGGGGGCAAGGGCUGUUGUGGUGCAGGCUGCUGUGGAAAUCGCUGCAGGAUGCUUCGCUCUGUUUUCUGCUCCGCCUUCGGGUUGCUCGGCGCCAUCUACUGUCUCUCGGUGUCUGCAGCCGGGCUGCGCAUUGGACCCAAAUGCUUAAAACAUGGCACAUGGGACUACCACCUCCAAGACACGGAGGGUGCUUACUUGUACAAUGACACCCUGUGGGAUUGGUGUGAGGAGCCACCACACGUGGUGCCGUGGAACGUGACACUCUUCUCUCUGCUGGUGGCCGCCUCCUGCCUGGAGAUCCUGCUGUGUGGAAUACAGCUGGUGAACGCCCUCGUGGGUGUGGUGUGUGGGGAUUGUCGGAAGAAGGAGGGCGCCUGAGGCCCACGACCCUCGGAUGGUACCUGCUCGCCCCUGAAUGUCUACUUCCUGGGUUUAUGGAACGAAGUUUUUGUGGUUGUCAUUCAUUUGUUGUUUCUUUUCUCUCUGGAAUAAAUUGCUUUGAGCUCC